AUGGGGACUCCAGGAAAUGGGGAACCCACUUAUGCAACUAAUCACCUCCUCUUUAUUGAUGAUAUAAAACUGUUCUCUCACCAUAGUGAUUCUAUAGUUAUGAUGAUAAAAGAAGUGGAUUUGUUUUUUGAUGCAGCUGGGCUGGAGAGAAAUUUUGAAAAAUCCGCAACAAAUGUGAAGUUAUUGUCUGGCAAAGCCUGGUUCCUUGAUGGAUUGGAUGGAUAUCAAUAUUUGGGAGUCCUUGAGGAUAAGAACAGUAAUGUCCUUAAAGAAGAAAUUAUGAAUAAAAUCUAUAAAGAAGCAUCUACUCGUAUUGAAAAUUUGACAAAAACUGAUUUAAACUCAGUUAACCUGUUUAAAGGGAUAAAUGAAUAUGCACUCUCACUUUAUAACUAUUACAUUGGAUUGAUUGAUGUGGAGCCUGGAGAAUUUGAGCAGAUUGAUAAAAAUAUUCGCCGAAUUCUUAUGGACAGACGUAUACAUUUCCAACACGCAAACAAAGAAAGAUUGUAUCUACCAAGAAAUAAAUUUGGAAGAAGCCUGGAGUCUGUCAGUAAUAAAGCUGAACGGAUGCUCCUCCAAUUUUAUAAUGACUUAGAACAUAAGGCAAAUUACUGCCUGAGAAGAGAAGGAAUUCUACGGGUCAUUAAUUCAAAGAAAACCCACAUGGCCACUAUCGUAGAAUUCAUUUCCAGAAAGUACAACAUUGAGAUUGCAAAGGAUUUGACAAUGUCGACAUUGAUGGAAAUACAGCAUGAAUAUCUGCUUAAAGAAAUUGAAAAGAAGCAGAUGCACUCUAUCUUAUUUCAAUGUCUGAAAGACACGGAAGUAAAUGUUUGUGAAUCUUCUGGAUGGUUGGUUAAUGGAAAUCAUUCCCCCAUGACUGAAGGGAGACUGUGUCUACUUCAGGACCGCAACAUGUUUUUUGAUAAUGGAGAAAAUAAGUGCACGCAUUGUAACUCGGCAAGAAAAACAGUUGAUCACCUUGCAACUAGGUGCGGGAGAAUGCUGAAUAGCUCAUAUCUCAGACGGCAUAACGAAGUAGUCAGAUGUAUUCACUUACAUCUCUGUCGUCAAUAUGGAAUAAGGAAAACUAAGAGACUAAAGACACACUCAGUUCAAUCUGUUGUUAGCAAUGAAUUUGUGGAGAUUCGUGUGGAUACUACGAUUAGUACGGAUACAGCUGUGGCGAAUAACAAACCUGAUAUAUUUGUCCAUGAUAAAGUGAGGAAUACAAUCACCCUUAUCGAAGUUGGGGUUACUUCGCAAAAUUGCCUAAAGCAGGUCGAAGUUGAGAAGUUCCACAAAUAUGACUUAUUGGCAAAUGAACUUGAAGCAAUUCAUCGCGCAAAAGUGAAAGUAAUCCCUGUUGUAAUGACCUGGGAUGGAAUUGUCUCAAGAUUUUUCAAGGGUCAUCUUGAUGUCCUCAAGCUGGAAGAAAGAGUGAGAGCAUAUAUUCAGACAGUGGUUCUGAGGAAGACAUUGGAGAGCAUGCAGGCUGAAGAGAGGCAUGGUAUAUCGAUACCUAGUGAGGAGAAAGCUGAAACGGAAUGUCAACCAAGGGCAGCCUUAGAAUGUGGAGUGUGCUUCGACGAGAACACACCCAUACGGUCACUGGAUUAUGGGCCCAAAAAGAGAAGAUUAAGCUAA